AUGGUACACUAUAAUUAUAUCUCCUCCGUUGCAAACAAUAUUACGUGCAGAGAGUCGAAACACAUUGAUUUCCUUACAACCAAAAACAAAGAAUUAAUCACAGAGAAUGAUUCCAGAAUCCAGUCUCCAGAGCAAUGGGCGCCUCCAUGCAACUCUCAGUGCAUCCAUAAAUACGCUUCUCUCUUCCAAAUCCCAUGGAGAGUGUUCUGCAAAAAGGGAUGUGAUGCUGAUGGCGAGACAUGGGACGAAUGUUUGGGAGAAUGUGACAAGGUAUGCUACAAAGACCCUGUCCUCAAGGACAAGCAGUGGAGUGCGUAUAUUGAUCGUUCCCCUGGUUCUGCCAGGUCCUCGGAGGAAUGCUUUCCUUCUUGCGUAGCUGGCUGUAGUUACAAGUUUGAUAUUCCUGCAGAGACACUGAAACAAGUUCACGCAAGACCGCCAAAGCCUGCACCUGAAGAGAAACUGAGACCACCUGCUGCUGAGUCCAGACUCCCUCUCGUCUACGUUCCUUGUGGAGAUGAGGUUCUGAACACUUCUGCAUAAGCAUGAUCUGACAACAGUCUAGUGCUGAUUCUUCAACAGAAAUAUCUCAACAGGGCCUCAGAACCCAGCAUUGCAUUUUUUUCUGGGUAUUUUUAUGAUGAUGACAACUUUUAGGGCUAACUGCACUACUGUGUGCAUUGUAUGAAUUUCUUACUUAAAAGCUUUACUCGUGGUGACUGGUUACAGUAAAAAUUCGAAGUCGCAUAACAGCAUUUGAGCACAUUGUAAGUUGUAUUCACUAAAAUUACAACGUUGAUCACGGUUCAAUUUAGGACGGCUCGGGUUCCAAUAGUUUGUAAUAAUAAAA